AUGACUACUUCUGAUAAUCUAGAAUCCCCUAUUUAUGUUUUUCAAUUGCCUGCUAGAAUUGUUAAUGAGUUAGCGACUUUGUUAGAUCCUGGGGAUUGUUGGGAGACGAUAGCCUUUUUAAUGCCCGGAAUUCAGGAUAUUGACACCGAAGCAUGCAAAAAACUCGCUGUAACUAGUGAUGGCCAUCCAACAGAAACUUUGCUUAGAAUUUGGGGGUCAAAAGGUUAUCGAAUACUGGAUUUGUAUAAAAUAUUUUUUCGUGCUAAACUUAUUCGAUGUAUGCAGAUUCUGUUGCCUUUCGUUGAACCAAAAUUUCACAAAUAUGCCCAAGUAUGUGAUGAAGAACCUCAACAGCAACAAGCACCUUUUCCUUCAAUUGGAAGAAAUAAUUUAAUUAAUAAUAAUUUAAAUGAAUCAAAAAAAGCCUCAGUUGCAAAACAGGGAUCUUUUGGUUCUGCAAGUAAUGCAAUUUUAACUGGUCUACAAAGCACUUUAACUGUCCCCUAUUCUGAUAUAAUUAUUGCAACACAAAAUUGGGCAUCAGAACAAAUACUUGGAAAGGGUGGUUAUGGGGUUGUUUACAAAGGAAAUUGGAAGCAUACUGAAGUUGCUGUUAAACGAAUUCAGGGAAAGAAAAAUGGAAGAGGAGAAGAGUUUGAACAGCAUCAAAAAGAACGUUUACGUCAAAGCCUACAAGAAUUACGAACUCUAGCCAAAUUUAGACAUGACAACAUUUUAUCUUUAUAUGGGUAUUCUUUGGAUGGUCCAGAACCUUGUUUAAUAUAUCAAUUUAUGUCUAAUGGAUCUUUAGAGGAUAGAUUACUUUGUAGGAAUUCAACACCUCCACUUGACUGGCCUCUUCGUUUAUCAAUAUCAAAAGGUGUUAGUUGUGGCCUCCAUUUUCUCCACACAACAGGGACAAUGCCUAUAAUCCACGGCGACGUAAAAUCAGCAAAUAUAUUAUUAGAUAAACAUUAUGAACCAAAAUUGGGAGAUUUCGGCUUGAGUCGAGAUGGACAAUUAGAAAAUUUUGAAGAUGGGAAAAAGCCAAUGAUAGCAUCACAUAUAAAGGGGACUUUAGCUUAUUUACCCCCAGAAUUUACUACAAGCCAAAUUUUGACAACAAAAUUGGAUGUUUAUAGUUUUGGUGUAGUUUUGUUAGAAAUGGCUAGUGGACAACGAGCUUUUUUGUCUAAUAGAGAACCUCAAGGAUUGGUUGAAUAUACUAAUAAAUAUUAUAGAUUGGAUGGAGGUGCUAAAAUGGCUGAAAUUUUGAGUGAUAAAAGAAUUGUUAUAGGUGAGGGGGAGAGAAAGAGAAUUUAAG